UCUCUCUCUCUAUACCUGGUUAUACUGUUGUGAAGUUAAAACCGACUAACCUAUUUACUUUGAGAUCGUGUGAGGCUGUUUUUUAAGCAUUAGUACACUUUCAUGUCAGUGAUGUCAAAGUAAAAACAUAUUAUAAAAAGGUAUAUAUAUGUCUUUGUUAUAAAUAAUCUGUGUUACAUCCACGUCCGGAGUCGAAACAUUGUAUUCUUUUCACCAUGGCUUGGUUUGGUCAUUUGAUUAAAGCUCUUCUCUUGUGUACGAUCCUUUAUUUACCCACCAAUUUAGGGUACACUCGAGACGUUUCAAUUAUAAGGAUUAGUCUUUUACUCUUUUUUGGGUUCAUUGUGAUCCUCUCAAUGUUUGCCACAUUUUUCCUGGCCUUUAAAAGGUCCACAUCUUUUAAGGGACACCAACCUAAACAAGAAAUUCUACAAAAGUCAUCUGAUAAUGAGGAUGAAACCUCACAUCACAACUUGAAAGCCCUUUUACAGGAGAUUGAAGUAAAAAUUACUUCAGAUGAGACUCAAAUUGAUAGUGAGACUCAUCAAAUUUUUACUCAAACUCCUGAAACUUGUGAAGCUGUUGAACAUGAACGUGAACGGGCACUUACACCAAAUAAUAUUGUUGUUCAACAAGAUUCCGAUACGGAAAGUGUUAUUGUUGAAAAUAAAAAGCGACGACCCAGCCGAUUAAGUGCCGAUGGAAAAAAUAGUCCAUCGUUUUUUCUAGGAGAUGAUUCACUCUCAGAUUCGUGUGAUGAUCUAAUAUCUUUAUCAGACAGUGAUCCAGGGGUUGAACGUAAUCAACGACCGUUAAGUGAAAAGAAAACUAAACCUCGUCCAUUGAGUGAAUUAAUUGCCCUCCUUAAGUCUGAUGAAGGUCUUAAAACAAUGACUGAGGCUGAAAUAAUUUUACUUGUUGACUCUAAGAUAGUUCCCCAAUAUAAAUUAGAGAUACUUUUAGAUGAUCCAGAACGGGGUGUCAAAAUUCGUCGAGCCAUCGUUGCUCGAGACUCAAAGUGCACUUCCAUUCUUGAAAACUUACCAUUUACCAAUUAUGAUUAUAAGUAUGUUUUAGGUGCUUGCUGUGAAAAUGUUAUCGGUUAUAUGCCAAUCCCUUUAGGUGUUGCUGGACCACUUUUAUUGGAUGAUAAAAAGUUUCACAUACCAAUGGCCACCACUGAGGGUUGCCUGAUUGCCAGUACAAAUCGAGGUUGCCGAGCCUUAAUGUUAUCCGGAGGAGUGCGAAGUGCCAUUGUUGGUGAUGGUAUGACUCGUGCACCUUGUGUUAAAUUUCCUAACGCAAUGAGAGCUGCAGCAGCUAUGAGAUGGAUUCAACAAGAGGAUAAUUUUGCUAUUAUCAAAGAAAGCUUUGAUUCAACCUCACGGUUUGCUCGUCUUGACCGAGUUUUAACCCGUAUUGCUGGACCUUAUGUGUAUUUCAGAUUCAGUGCAACCACAGGUGAUGCCAUGGGAAUGAAUAUGAUCUCCAAGGGAGCUGAGCUUGCAAUUAUGAAAUUAAAAGAAUAUUUUCCAGAUAUGGAAAUGAAUGUACUCAGUGGUAACUUUUGUUCCGACAAAAAGCCUUCUGCUGUUAAUUGGAUCGAAGGUAGAGGUAAAUCAGUUGUAUGUGAAGCUGAAAUUCCUGGUAAAAUUGUUCGUGAUGUCCUCAAAACCAAUGUCCAGUCUCUUGUUCAAGUCAAUAUUAGUAAAAAUUUGAUUGGCUCAGCAGUUUCAGGUACCAUUGGUGGUUUUAAUGCUCAUGCAGCUAAUAUUGUUGCAGCUAUGUAUAUUGCUACGGGCCAGGAUCCUGCCCAAAGUAUCGGUAGCUCAAAUUGUAUUACUUUAAUUGAGUCCACCAUUAAUAAAAAAGGUGAAGAAAACCUUUACAUUUCAUGUACCAUGCCUUCAUUGGAGCUAGGAACCAUUGGUGGAGGAACAAUUCUGCCGCCACAAGCAUCAUGCCUUGAUCUUUUGGGUGUACGUGGGUCUUGUGUAGAAGAACCAGGACGUAAUUCUCAAGAUUUUGCUCGCAUCGUUUGCGGCACUGUGUUAGCAGCUGAGCUUUCAUUACUAUCCGCGUUGGCAGCGGGUCAUCUAGUAAAAUCACACAUGAAACAUAAUCGUUCAACUAUUUCAAUCAAUGCCUCAUCAUUAUCUCCUCUGUCUUCACAUGCUGUGUUAAGAUCAACUUCACAAUUUUUGACCCAAUGCCAGCCACAGUAAUAAUUAUAGUGACAACCUUUUCAUCUCUAUUUUUUUCUUCUUCUUCUUCUCUUCCUCUCUUUUAUUUUUCUCUUCUCUCUCUUUCUCUCCUCUGAUAUUAGUCAGAGAGUUGGUGAUAUUGUUUUAUUAUAGUUGAUUUAAAAUUUAAAAGCUGUGAAUUUUUUUUUGCAAUGAGAUUUUUUCAUAGAUUUAAAAGAGUGUUGGAAAUCUAUACAUACAAAUACAUAUGUAUAUUGUUUUAAGAAAGCAAAAAUUGAGCUAUAUUUCACUCACCAUUCAUCACACGUCCUCAUAAAAAAUCUACCUUAUUAUAGUGAUCACAUUUACAUUCACACUCACAUUCACACAAAACAUCCAUUCAAGUAUACAUUCAUCUCUAUCAUCACCCACUAUCAUCUUUAACAAACACUCACCUCAUCGAUUUACGCCAUCCACACCAGAAAUGCAACUACAACAUUUCAUCAUUUUCAUCUUUACAAAACAAACUAAAGUUAAUUAUAAAUAUAUAUAAAAAAAUCAAAAAUUGAAAUCAAAGAGGAUUUAUUAAUUUUUCACGCUAAAUCAAGAAAAUCGACAAAGAAUUAUGUUAAUUGUAUUACAAGAAAAUAAUCUAUUUAUUUGUUAAGCAACUUCAACUUCCAACAAAACCAAUUGUUUCAACCAGCAUGAGAAUAUCAACGAAAAAACAAGAAAUCAAAAAUUGUACAGACAUCCAUUGAAACGGAUAAAGGCAACCAACAACAUCAAACAUUUAUAUAUGUCAACGACAACAACAAUUGAUCAAUUCUUGAAGCAGAAUGAACUCCUUCCCACCCUUUACCUUCAAAAUUGUAGACAGUCAAUUGUCAAUCAGUUCACAUAAUAUAAAUAUAUACAUAUAUAUAUAUAAUAUUUAAACAUAUUUAUUAUAUGUAUAUAUAUGCAUACAAAACACACACAUGAAACCAACAAAAAAUAAAAUGUUGCAAGUUAUCUUGACCAGUUGAAAAAUAUA